AUGAACAAUAAUAAUACCCUUUGUUUCUCUGAAGGUUUUUGUCGUUCCAGACCAAAUGUUGCUACUUUGGCUAAUUCACCAUUUCUGAUAUCUGGUGGAUAUAGCAGCAAUACCUGCAACCCCUCUCCCUUGAAACUUGCUUGCUAUGCAACACUAUCUGCUGUGGUAAAGAAGCAAACACCAGCUUUUGAUGGAAAAGAAGCAGCUUCGCUUGUAGAAGACCUUAGAAGCAACUUCAAUACAGGUAGAACAAAGAGCUACGAGUGGAGAAUUUCUCAGCUUCAAAACAUUGUUAGGAUGAUCGAUGAGAAGGAGAGAUCCAUCACUGAAGCUUUGUAUCAAGAUCUUUCCAAGCCUGAGCUUGAAGCUUUUCUAGCUGAGAUUUCGAAUACUAAAUCAUCAUGUAUGCUUGCAAUCAAAGAGUUGAAGAACUGGAUGGCUUCAGAAACGGUCAAAACUUCUGUGACAACAUUUCCCUCGUCUGCAGAAAUAGUCUCAGAACCGCUUGGAGUUGUUUUGGUUAUCUCAGCCUGGAAUUUCCCUUUCUUAUUGUCCAUUGAGCCAGUCAUUGGAGCUAUUGCAGCUGGUAAUGCGGUUGUGCUAAAACCUUCUGAAAUUUCUCCCGCAACAUCUUCUCUUUUAGCAAAGCUGUUCAGUGAAUACUUGGACGAAACAGCAAUCAGAGUUAUUGAGGGUGGAGUCCCUGAAACAACGGCUCUACUGGAUCAGAAAUGGGACAAGAUAUUCUUCACUGGUGGAGCAAGAGUUGGCCGCAUUGUAAUGACUGCAGCUGCGAAAAACCUUACUCCGGUGGUUCUUGAACUUGGUGGGAAGUGCCCAGCUCUUGUUGAUUCAGAUGUUAAUCUACAAGUGGUUGCUAGGAGGAUCAUAGCAGGGAAAUGGGCUUGCAACAAUGGACAGGCUUGCAUUGGUGUCGAUUACGUGAUCACAACAAAAGAUUUUGCAUCAAAAUUGAUAGAUGCUCUGAAGACUGAACUGGAGUCAUUCUUUGGAAAAAUACCAUUAGAAUCAAAGGACUUGUCGCGGAUAGUUAACUCUUUCCACUUCAAACGGUUGGAGGGUAUGUUAAAAGAGAAUGGAGUCGCCAACAAAAUUGUUCAUGGAGGCCAAACAAUCGAAGAUAAGCUAAAAAUAUCUCCAACGAUACUACUGGAUGUGGCGGAGGAAUCUUCCAUGAUGCGGGAAGAGAUAUUUGGACCGUUACUUCCUAUAAUUACGGUAGAGAAGAUUGAAGAUGGUGUUCAGGUUAUACGGUCAAAGCCAAAGCCUUUAGCGGCUUAUCUCUUCACAGACAACAAAGAGUUGCAGAAACAAUUCGUGCAGGACGUGGCUGCAGGAGGAAUUGGCAUCAAUGACACCGUCUUGCACGUAACUGUUAAAGAUUUGCCAUUUGGAGGGGUCGGGGAGAGCGGGAUCGGGGCUUACCACGGGAAAUUCUCGUAUGAUACGUUUAGCCACAAGAAAGGAGUUCUUUACAGGAGCUUUGUCGCUGACUCGGAUAUUAGAUACCCUCCUUACACACCCAAAAAGAAGACAGUGCUUAAGGCUUUGCUCUCUUCAAACAUAUUUGCUGCCAUUUUGGCUUUCUUUGGGUUCUCUCAAAACUCAUGA